CAUGAAAUAGACUUGAUUAAUAUGCACGAGCAAUUAAUGGCUUUCACGCAGGACAGGUACUCGAAGUUGAAUCGUUGUGCCAAGGAUUUUCCGCGUUCGAUCGGCGAAGCGAUGACCUAGGAACCCGUCGACCGUCGCCGGGGAAUCGCUCGGCGGCCGUCGCAGCUUGGCCGAUAGCGCGGCGCGAUGGUCGCGAGUGAGUGCCCGCGCUAUCUCGGCGAAGGACGAGCCAGAGCUGGCCAGCCGCUACAAAAGCCCCGGCGGCGGGCUCGUGGCGGCAGUCGAGAGAUGAGGUCCACGCUAGCGAGCCUGUUCUGUCUGAGUGUCCUGGCCGGCGUUCGAGCGGACGCGCCGCGCAUCGUCGGCGGCAGGAGCGCCGACAUCUCCGAGUUCCCGUACCUGGUGUCGCUGCGGCUGCGCGGUCGGCACUUCUGCGGCGGCUCCAUCAUCGACGAGAGCCACGUGCUCACCGCGGCCCACUGCAUCAAGGGGAUCGUCGCGCCGCCCUACGCCGACCUGCUGGUGGUCGCGGGCAGCAGCCUGUCGGCGGGCAGCGCCGGGCGCCACCACCGCGUGCGGCGCGUCCGCGUGCACGAGGGCUACCUCGGCACCGAGGCCUCCUCCUACAAGCACGACCUGGCCGUGAUCACGCUCGCCGAGCGGAUCGCGCCCGACGCCAACGCCAGCGAGAUCGCGCUGCCGAGCAGGGACGCGCGGGAGGGCGAGCGCGCGACCGUCAGCGGCUGGGGCGUCAGGCGCUACCCGUCCAGCGCCGUCUCGCCGCGGCUCCAGAGCGCCCACAUGAGGAUCGUGCCCCGGCGCCAGUGCACGGGUCGCGUACCCGCGCGACUCUACGCCGGCCACGUGUGCGCCUUCCAGCGGAGAGGCGUCGGCGCCUGCUCCGGGGACAGCGGCGGUCCGCUCGUCGUCGACGGCCAGCUCGUCGGCAUCGCCUCCUGGGUCGUCCCCUGCGCCGAGGGCUACCCCGACGUCUACACCAAGGUCUACGCCUACGAGGACUGGAUCCGCGGAGUCGUGGCGAGCUCCCGCUAG